CCCACCAACAACCAACAUCUCCGAUAGUCCAUUCAACUCGUCGCAUUCCACCCAACUCUCUGUUAAAUACAGAGGACUCCCCCAUCUCUAUUUCUCAUUCUUCACCGCCAACCACAAACUCUAUCAGCAACUGUUUCGCGAGACUUAGCCGUCGGUCGCACCACUUCGAGUCCCCCUAUCACAAACCCUUUCCCCCAGGUUCCCCAGUAAACUCGAGUUUAUGUCAAUCGAAAACCUCAAGACCUACGACCCCUUCGCCGAAGCCGACGAGGAUACAGGAGAAUCCAAACAGGCGCAAAAUUACAUCCAUAUUCGCAUUCAGCAGCGAAAUGGUCGUAAAACCCUGACUACGGUUCAGGGUCUCCCGAAGAAAUUCGAUCAGAAGAAGAUUCUGAAGGUCAUCAAGAAGAAAUUCGCUUGCAAUGGCACCAUCGUCAAUGACACCGAGAUGGGCGAAGUGAUCCAGCUCCAGGGCGAUCAGCGCAAGGAUGUCCAGGAAUUCCUCAUCGACAAGAAGGAAGGCCUAGAGCUAGAUGCCAAGACCAUCAAGGUCCACGGUUUCUAA